CGAAACGGUACAACGUAGGGAAGUACCAGUGAAGAUGUUGUCCAUUUUAAGGAAAGCUCGAUUGAAGGAUAAGGAGAUGCGAAUUUUAAUGCUAGGUCUGGAUAAUGCAGGGAAAACCACUAUCGUCAAGCAGAUUAUGAAGGAAGAUGUCACCACUGUCAGUCCGACCUUGGGAUUUAUUAUUAAGACUAUAGACUUUCAGGGGUAUAGACUCAAUAUCUGGGACGUCGGGGGCCAAAAAACGCUCCGAUCGUAUUGGAAAAACUACUUCGAGAAGACCGAUACAUUGGUCUGGGUUGUUGAUGCGACCGACCGUCUCAGAGUGGAUGAUUGUCGAGCUGAGCUCGCUGGCCUUCUUUUGGAAGAGCGUUUGAUGGGAGCAAGUCUCCUGAUUUUCUUGAAUAAAACCGAUGUUGAAGGAUGUAUGGACGAGACUGAAGUUCGGGAACGGCUUUGCUUGGAUUCUAUCAAAACCCACAAGUGGACGAUAUUACCCUGCAGUGCGAUGACAGGAAGGAACUUACAGGAAGGGCUCGAUUGGGUGGUGCAAGACGCCAAGGACAGACUGUUCCUCUACUGACUGCCGUGGCAUGACAUUUUUAGCACUUUUUUAUGAUUUACAAUGCUUCAACAUUUGAUUUUCCCCUUUUCAUGUCCUGG